GGAGUGAGGGUAGCACCGGGUUCGCUGUGAGCCAUGUUGGAUGUGAAUGAGAGAUGCUGCGCUCGUGUCGCUGCUAGCCGGAGCUCUACCAAACACCGAGAGUAGAUGCGAGCUUCCCGGGAUCACCGAGCGACCGGGGAGCACGGCGGAAGGAGUCGGGCGGUGGUGGAUGAGCUGGCCACUUAGCCGGCGUUUGGAGAGAAAAAGAAAGAAAGACACUUCGGUUCAGAGUGAGUGGAGAAAGGGGAGAGAGAGAGAGAGAGAGAAAGGAUUUCACCAGACUAAUGGCUGCACUGCUACUGGACUUGGGCUCGCUUUCGCCGCUGUUGUUUCUCCUUAUCCUCAGCUCAUUGUUCACUGUUAUCCCGGGGAGUACAGCAGGGCCGUUCUGCCGCUCUCUGUGCACCCACCCAGCCCCCGGAGACGCUCAAAUCGCCAGCCUGCCCGACGGAACGGUAGCGGGGGCUUUGGCUGGGGGCGAUUGGAAGAUCCACCCUGCACGGACGAUACGGUCGCAUGGACGGGAUUUGCAAUGCUUACGGUCUAGUACAGUGGGAACCUCCUCAAGUCCGUUGAGUACGGAUUACCUGAAUUCUAGUACAUGGGUAUCAGAACCGGCAGCGCACACCGGACGCUGUCAUCCCCAGCCCUUUUGGAGUAACGGUGGCAGCGGAGAGAAGGGCGUUGUUUCUCGUGUUCUCGCCUCUCCGGUUCAGUAUGGCAAAAAAAGGACUAUACAAAGGACUAAAACGCGCUCGCGGCCACAGACGCGCCUCAACACCGGGAGGGUUGUUGUACAAAGCUUGUUGGAUAACUCUAGACCCGCAGACAGCAAAUCCAGGCCUAAGCACUGCCCAUGUCACCUAAAACGGGAGUUUGCCGCUGCCAAGACAUCAACUCGGUCGUUAUUAAAAGCCUAUUCUCAUUCUAAUGUGGUUUCGGACGCCAAUAAAUUGCACAAAGCGACAGCGGACCGUCCCCUUUCAGGCACCCUGAAUGUUAUCGAUCCCACCAGAGAGGACUGGAACGGAUCAGGCUUUGAAAAAACCCGCGGGUGCUCGGAACCGUGCGCGCGGCAGCUCUCUCUGGGGCUUAGAAGCGAAGCAAGCAGCUGUCUCGAGUCACACCGGAUCACAGGUUGUUCGGAAAGGCAUCCAGCCUGGCACAGCAGUAACUGGCACCGGUUCAACAUUUCUCUGGGGCGCUACGCUGUUUGUGAAAGUCAAGCAAGAGAAAAUACUAACACCACAUCUUCAAAUAACAACUCAAAAGUACAAUUUGUGCAUGGAAAGUCUGAUCGGAAUAGUCCAGUGAAGUAUUCUUGUACACGCAAGCGGACUGAUGCUCGGGAUUUAAUGACACAUUCUGACUGGGUCAGAACUGGGACUUGCUUUGAUCACAGAAAGACUCAUUAUAAUAGAUCAACUAGUAUCAGCGCUGCUCCGUCUUAUAUCGGUGAUGUACACAACUCUGACUCAUCUGCUACUGGCACUCCCAGGGGUCAUAAUGCAUCACAUAUCUACCUCUUAAUCGAGCUAAACUUUCCUAAACGUUCUCGUGACUCACACAUCCAUAUGCGAGGCAAUGACACAGAGCGCGCGAGAGAAUAUUCAGCACCCGCUCAGUGGACAGCGCCAGUCUCCGUGCAUUUCUCGAGUGACUUUACUGAAAGUUUGUUGCUGAGGAAUUGGAACAGUAACAAUAACAACAACUGCGCCAAAAAUCGUAAUAAUAACCACUACAACAGCAGCAGGCCUGAUCAAAAUGCAACUGAAACUCAAAAUGUUCCUGGCACCGAAGAGCGCGAUUUUGUUAAAGAGGAAAGCGCACGCUCUCCUUCCCCUUGCUCCGGUGCGCGUGCAGAGUGUGAUGACUUCAGCGCCGACGACAGCUUAAGCGCCGAUGGGGGAGCCACGCGGCCGCAAUUAAAGUCCGGUAAACGGGUGUCAUUACAAGCUGAGGGUGUCAGCCAGCAAGAAGGGCAGCUGGAAGCCGCGGCUGAGUGCGGUAGGAGGGAGGCACAGAUAGAGGGCGGGGUGAAAGAGGAGGGAAGGGGGGAGGGUGGCAGACAGCAUGUAGAGGGAGAAAGGGAGGAAAGCAUAGAGUGGGUGAUUGCAGAAGACACAAAGGAAGAGACAGUGUUAGAAGAGACAAAUUUACUGAGAAAAAAAGAAAAAGGUCAAGGCAAUGGCACCUUUCAGUCCGAAACAGAGAGUGAUGAAAACAAAGGGGGACUGUAUACUGAACAAAAUGAGCUUGCUUAUAGUGUAGAUGGGCUGAGAAACACACAAAAAAAGCAGUACAUUGAGAAACUAAAAGCAGUAGAGAGCGAUGAAGUGCAGAGAGGAGAGGAGCAGGAGUACAACGAUGAGCAGACAGGUAUCCCUCCUGUUGGGCGCUCCCGUAGAGCUGCUAAUCGACAUCCCCAUUUCCCCCAAUAUAACUACCAGGUUCAGGUUGCUGAGAACCAGCCUCCUGGUACCUCAGUCAUAACUAUGACAGCUGAGGACCCUGAUGCUGGUGAGGCAGGCAGACUCAGUUAUAGCAUGGCCCCUUUAAUGAACAGCAGGUCCAUGGAUUACUUCCAAAUCGACCCAAUUACUGGCCUUCUCGCCACCACACACAUUCUGGAUCGUGAACACAUGGACUUGCACUACUUCAGAGUUACAGUCACAGACCACGGCUCACCGCACCUUUCUGGAACAACUAUGGUGACCAUCACCGUGGCUGACCGUAAUGAUCACUCUCCUGUGUUUGAGCAAACAGAGUACCGCGAAACUAUUCGAGAGAAUGUGGAAGAGGGAUAUCCUAUCCUACAGCUACGAGCAACAGAUCUUGACUCACCGACAAAUGCCAAUAUACGCUACAGAUUUAUUGGAGAAAGUGCACCUGUUGCACGCUCUGCUUUUGAGAUUGAUCCACGAUCAGGCUUGAUCACAACACGAGGUAUUGUUGACAGAGAAGCAAAUGAGCGUUAUACAUUGCUGGUGGAAGCAAGCGACCAGGGGAGAGAGCCGGGCCCACGGUCAGCCACUGUUAGCGUCCAUAUCACGGUGUUGGAUGAGAAUGACAAUGUUCCACAGUUCAGUCAAAAGCGGUACGUGGUUGCAGUUAGAGAGGAUGUUCGACCACAUUCCGAAAUCCUCCGAGUCAGUGCUUCGGACCAGGAUAAAGAUGGGAACGCUGCUGUGCACUACAACAUAAUCAGUGGGAACAGCCGAGGACAGUUUGCUAUUGACAGUGUAACUGGAGAAAUCCAGGUGGUUGCACCGCUGGAUUUUGAGACAGAACGUGAGUACACGCUGCGACUGCGGGCUCAGGACAACGGACGCCCCCCUCUCUCCAACAACACUGGAAUUGUGAGUGUGCAGGUCACCGAUGUCAACGAUAAUCCACCCAUCUUUGUAUCCACACCUUUCCAGGCUUCAGUGCUGGAGAGUGCUCCUAUCGGUCACUCCAUUCUCCACAUUCAAGCUAUUGAUACAGAUAAUGGCGACAAUGCACGUCUGGAAUACCGUUUGACGGGGACUGGCACAGAUACACCGUUUGUGAUCAACGCUGCCACUGGUUGGGUCACAGUGAGCUCAGAGCUUGACCGUGAAUCGGUAGAGCACUACUUCUUCGGGGUUGAGGCUCGAGAUUAUGGCGCCCCACCUCUUUCCGCCACAGCAAGUGUUACGAUCACAGUAAUAGAUGUUAAUGACAACCGCCCAGAAUUUCUACAAAAAGAGUAUUACGUUAGACUAAAUGAAGACGCAACUGUUGGAACAAGUGUGGUCAGCGUAACCGCAGUUGACCGUGAUGUGAAUAGCGCCGUCACAUAUCAAAUCACUGGUGGAAACACACGUAACCGCUUUGCCAUUAGCACAGCCAGUGGCGGAGGACUUGUCUCCCUAGCACUGCCGUUGGACUACAAACAGGAGCGUCGUUACGUGCUAACAGUCACUGCUUCUGACAGAACUCUCCACGACACCUGUCAGGUGCACGUCAACAUCACAGAUGCCAAUACACACCGGCCCGUGUUCCAGAGCGCUCAUUAUUCAGUAAGUGUGAAUGAGGACCGGCCUCCUGGCAGCACCGUGGUGGUCAUAAGUGCCACAGAUGAUGAUGUUGGAGAAAACGCACGUAUCACUUACUACCUGGAGGACAAUAUUCCACAGUUUCGUAUCGACCCUGCAUCCGGAGCGAUCACACUUCAAGCCGAACUAGACUACGAAGACCAGAUGACUUACACUCUUGCCAUCACUGCUCGGGACAACGGAAUCCCACAGAAAUCUGACACUACAUAUGUGGAGGUCAACGUUAAUGAUGUAAAUGACAACGCACCUCAGUUCCUGAGCCCCAGGUAUCAGGGUGGAGUCAGUGAGGAUGCUCCACCUUUCACUAGUGUUCUGCAGAUCUCUGCUACUGACCGUGAUGCUCAUGCCAAUGGCCGUGUCCAGUAUACAUUCCAAAAUGGAGAGGAUGGUGAUGGGGAUUUCACUAUUGAACCAACCUCUGGGAUAGUCCGAACCGUCAGGAGGCUCGACCGUGAAAGUGUUCCCUUCUACGAGCUGACUGCAUUUGCCGUGGAUCGCGGUGUUCCACCUCAGCGUACGCCUGUACAUAUUCAAGUCAGUGUUAUGGAUGUCAACGACAAUGCUCCUGUGUUCCCCGCUGACGAUUUUGAGCUUCUAGUCAAGGAGAAUAGCGCCGUUGGGUCCGUCGUAGCUCAAAUUACAGCAACUGAUCCAGAUGAGGGCCAGAACGCUCAGAUUAUGUAUCAGAUUGUAGAAGGCAAUAUUCCAGAAAUCUUCCAGAUGGACAUUUUUUCAGGAGAACUCACCUCCCUGAUUGACCUUGACUAUGAAACACGGAACGAAUAUGUAAUCGUUGUCCAGGCCACGUCAGCGCCACUAGUCAGUCGUGCCACUGUGCGCAUUCGACUGGUUGACCAAAAUGAUAAUGGGCCUCAAAUGCAAGACUUUCAAAUCAUCUUUAACAACUUUGUAUCCAAUCGAUCCAACACCUUCCCAAGUGGGGUUAUUGGACAAGUUCCUGCCCACGACCCAGUUUCAGAUCGUCUCUACUACACUAUAGAUCGUGGAAAUGAGCUGCACCUGCUGCUGUUGAACCACACAAGUGGGGAGAUCCGCCUAAGCCGGAAACUGGACAACAACCGACCAUUGGUGGCCCCGAUGCUCAUCACUGUCACUGAUGGCAUUCACAGCGUCAGCGCUCAGUGUGUGUUGCGGGUUCUCAUCAUUACGGAGGAGAUGCUCAGCAGCAGCAUCACUGUGCGACUGCAGAACAUGUCCCAGGAGCACUUCCUGUCUCCGCUGCUCACUCACUUCCUGGAAGGGGUGUCAGCAGUGCUUUCAGUCUCUCCUUAUGAUGUGUUUGUGUUUAACGUGCAGCCGGAUGCAGAUGCAGGAAAGGUGCUCAAUGUUAGUUUCUCCGCGGCAAUGCCGGGAGGGCAGUUUUUCCCAUCAGAGGCUCUGGAGGAGCAGCUGUACCUCAACAGACCUAGACUUAACACCCUUGCACAUAUGGAGGUUCUCCCGUUUGAUGAUAACGUGUGCUUGCGUGAGCCAUGUCAGAACUACAUGAAGUGUAUUAGCGUCCUCCGCUUCAACAGCUCCGCUCCCUUUAUCGCCUCCAAUUCCACGCUGUUCCGGCCCAUCCAUCCCAUCACAGGCCUGCGUUGCCGCUGCCCAGCCGGAUUUACCGGAGAUUACUGUGAGAUUGAAAUAAACCUGUGUUACUCAAACCCCUGCAUGAAUGGAGGAGUGUGCGCUCGCAGAGAGGGAGGCUACACCUGCAUCUGCCGAGAGGAUUACACAGGCGAACGUUGUGAGUUUGACCGGCGUGGUGGACGAUGUGUGGCAGGCAUUUGUCGUAACGGUGGUACGUGUCGUGAGCUCUCCGGAGGGGGAUUCAGGUGUGAGUGUCCUGCGGGAGGUUAUGAGAAGCCCUACUGCUCUGUCACCACCAGAUCCUUUCUGCCAAAAUCAUUCAUGAUGUUCAGGGGGCUCCGUCAACGAUUCCACCUCUCCAUCUCUCUCUCGUUUGCCACAUUGGAAAGUAAUGGUUUGCUCUUCUACAAUGGCCGGUUUAAUGAGAAGCACGACUUCCUUGCUUUGGAGAUACUGGAUGGACAAAUGGUUCUUAAAUACUCCACAGGCGAGUCGUCUACUCUGGUGAGUCCGUUCCUUCCUGGUGGAGUGAGUGAUGGCAACUGGCACACCGUUCACAUCCAUUACUACAACAAGCCAAAGCGAAGUGUUAGCGGUGAGGUUCAGGGUCCAUCUGAUGAGAAGGUCGCUGUCUUGAGUGUAGAUGACUGUGAUACGGCCGUUUCUCUAAGGUUUGGCACUCAGCUCGGCAACUACAGCUGUGCUGCACAGGGGAGACAGACCAGCAGCAAGAAGUCUUUGGAUCUGACUGGCCCGUUGUUUUUGGGUGGAGUUCCUAACCUGCCUGAGAAUUUCCCGUUUGGCACAAGAGAAUUUAUUGGCUGCAUGAAAGACCUGCACAUUGAUAACAGACCAGUGGACAUGGCAGGAUUCAUCGCUAAUAAUGGCACUGUACCUGGCUGCAGCGCCAAAUUGCCUUUCUGUAAAUCAAACCCGUGCCAGAAUGGCGGCACAUGUCGGGUGAGCUGGGAGACGUAUUCCUGUGACUGCCCUGUUGGAUUUGGAGGGAAGGACUGCAGCUUAGUCAUGUCCCACCCCCAUCGUUUCCUUGGAAGCAGUGCACUGUGGUGGGACCUGAAGAAUGAAGUCACCAUCACCACACCCUGGUACAUGGGCCUGGUGUUCCGCACCAGAUCAAAAGAGGGAGUUCUCCUGCAGGCUCAAGCUGGACAGUACACCAACUUGAUUUUUCAGGUGGUUUCUGGUCAAUUGGUGUUUUCUGUGGCACGGGGUUCGACUCGGCCGGUCAGAUUGAGACUGGAUCAGGUUCAGGUGUGUGAUGGACACUGGCAUGACCUACAGCUCGAGCUCCGUGAUGUCAGGAGUGGCAGAGAAACUCGAUAUAUUGCUACAGUACGACUGGACUUUGGACUGUAUCAGGGAACAGUCAUUGUUGGGAAUGAGAUUAAUGGUGUAAAGGUGAAGCACCUGCAUGUGGGUGGAGUUUUAGGGUCAGGAGAGGUGCAAAAUGGGAUACGUGGCUGUAUUCAGGGUGUGCGUCUGGGGGUGCGUCCUGAUUCCCCUGCAUUACCCCGCCCUUCCAGAACCAUCAAAGUGGAGACUGGCUGUAAUGUUGGAAACCCAUGUAGCACAUCCCCUUGUCCUGCCCACAGCCAAUGUACGGACGAAUGGGAUCGACACAACUGUAUUUGUGAACCAGGAUUCUAUGGUAAAAGUUGUAUGGAUGCAUGUCAGCUGAACCCAUGUGAGAAUCAAGCAAAGUGUCACAGGAAGCCCAGCUCCUCUCAUGGAUAUAUCUGUGACUGUGAGGACAGUCACUACGGACAGUACUGCCAACACAGGAUCGAGCAGCAGUGUCCUCGUGGAUGGUGGGGCAGCCCGACAUGUGGACCCUGCCACUGUGAAGCAAGUAAAGGCUUUGACACAGACUGCAAUAAGACCACUGGACACUGCCACUGCAAGGAGUUUCAUUACCGACGGCGGGGCAGUGACGUCUGCCUGCCAUGUGACUGCUACCCAGUGGGCUCCUUUUCUAGGUCGUGUGACCCCGAGAGCGGCCAGUGCCAGUGCCGACCCGGCGUGAUUGGCCGACAGUGCAACACGUGUGACAAUCCGUUUGCUGAGGUCACACAGACAGGCUGUGAAGUGAUCUAUGAUGGUUGUCCUAAGACCAUAACAUCAGCAAUCUGGUGGCCCAGAACAAAGUUCAACCUGCCUGCUGCUGUCCCUUGUCCCAAAGGAUCAGUUGGAACUGCAAUCCGGCACUGUGAUGGAGAGAGAGGAUGGCUGGACCCUGAUCUGUACAACUGCACCUCUCCUCCUUUUGUGGAGCUAAACACAGCUCUGGAGGCCUUAGAGAGAAAUGAGACAGAACUCAGCACCAUCAUUGAGAAGAAACUGGCCCAUCAGCUUCGUGAUGUCACAGAGGCAACAACCCGUCUCUAUGGAAAUGACCUUCAGAUAGCCGAGCGGCUGCUGUCUCGCCUCUUAACCUUUGAAAGCCUCCAGUCAGGCUUUGGGUUAACAGCCACUCAGGAUGCACAUUUCAAUGAGAAUGUGUUACGGGGCUGUAGUGUUUUGUUGGGUCCGGGCAGCGCUGCUUUGUGGAGAGGUCAAAGUUCAGGUCAGAGCGGAGCGGCGGGAUUGGCUGAUCUGUUGGAGCAGUACUCCCGCAUACUAGCCCAGAACAUGAAACAGACCUACCUCAAUCCUGUCGCACUCGUCGCCUCAAACAUCGUCAUGACUCUGGAUCGUGUUGACAACCACACACAUGUGCGGCGGCGUUUUCCACGGUAUCACAGUACUCUGUUCCGAGGUCAAGCGCUUUGGGAUGCUCACACACAUGUUGUGCUGCCCCCUACUGCACUAGUGCCACAACGCAACAUCUUUUCAGCUCCAUCUCCUGCUGGCCCUGUAAACCUGUUGGCCAAUCAGACGCUAGAUGCGACGGUACCCCGCCGUUCUUUGUCCCUACAAGAGGCGCCUGUCUCUAUUGUCAUCCUCCUCAUCUAUCGAAGCCUGGGUGCCGCACUUCCUCCUAAAUACCACACAGACCGUCGCGGCGUCAGGUUACCCAGACACCCUGUGUUGAACUCGCCUGUGGUGAGUGUGUCUGUGUAUAAUAACCAGACCUUCGUGGAGGGUUUUCUGGACACUCCGGUCUUGCUGGAGUUUCGUCUUCUAGAGACCAGCAACCGCAGCAAACCGCUGUGUGUGCAGUGGAAUCACAGCAGCUCUGUAUUAACAGGAGGCUGCUGGACUGUGAGGGACUGUAGUGUGGUCUAUAGGAACAUGUCACAUGUUCGCUGCCAGUGCCACAGACUGGGAACCUUUGGAGUCCUUAUGGACAGCUCACAGAGAGAGCAGUUAGAGGGUGACCUGGAGACCCUCGCCAUAGUAACGUACUCCUCGCUCUCAGUUUCCAUGGCGGCAUUGUUGCUAACAGUCGUGGUUUUAUCGUGCCUGAGGGGACUAAAAUCAAACACACGCAGCAUUCAUUCCAACAUGGCUGCCGCUACUCUACUUUCCCACUUCACAUACCUGCUGGGCAUCAACCAGACGGAACAACAGUUCCUGUGCACAGUGGUUGCAAUUCUGCUCCAUUACUUCUUCAUGUCAACGUUUGCGUGGCUGUUUGUGGAAGCUCUGCAUAUUUACCGCAUGCAGACAGAAGUGAGAAACAUCAACUAUGGAGCCAUGAGAUUCUACUAUGCUAUUGGCUGGGGAGUCCCUGCUAUCAUUACAGGGCUGGCAGUCGGGUUGGAUCCAGAGGGGUACGGAAACCCAGAUUUCUGCUGGAUCUCCAUGUACGAUAAGCUCAUGUGGAGCUUUGCGGGACCAGUUAGCGUCGUCAUACUGAUGAAUGGUGGGAUGUUCUUAAUGGUCCUGCGUAUGACAUGCAACCCCACUCAGAAGGAGAUAAAAAAGCUGCCCGUGAUUUCUACUAUCCGCAGUGCCUUCCUCCUGUUAUUGUUGAGUUCUUGUGUUUGGUUGUUUGGUCUUAUGGCUGUUAAUAACAGUGUCCUGGUGUUCCACUACCUGUUCAUUGUCCUCUGUUGCGUACAGGGUUUAGCAGUUCUGUUGGUUUUUACUCUCCUGAACUCAGAGGUGCAGGAGGCCUGGAAACUGGCCUGUCUGGGCAAGAAAAGCCCCAGUGAAGAUCCUCAAAGACCUCCACAGAUUACCGGCCAAAACCCGUUCAACAGCGCCUCCUUGCUGGAACAGAGCGGAUUACAUCGGAUCACACUCGGAACUUCAACGAUCUCAUCAGUCAGCAGUGCAAGGGAGAAUCUCUUGGCACGGCAGACUCUAGAACACAAUCUAGCUCACACAGGGGCCACUGACCUGGACGUUGCAAUGUUCCACCGCAACGGAGGUGAAGACUCAGACUCAGAUUCUGAUCUCUCACUGGAGGAGGAGAGGAGUUUGUCCAUCCCGUCAUCGGAGAGCGAGGACAAUGUGCGCCUGCGUGGACGGAUCCAGCGACGCUUCAAACGGACUGGUCAUAGUGAACGUUUACUCACAGAGCCCUCCCACAACGGUGGAAAAGAUCUGGAUGGCAAUGACCUGCUCUCCUAUUGGCCAGCGCUGGAAGGCUGUGAGGCGCACUCUCUGCAGAAAUGGGGCUCAGAGCGCCGCCUAGGGGGCGACUACAGCAAGGACGCAGCUAAUAACAACCAGCCAGAUGCAGCGCUGACCAGCGGAGAUGAGAAUGGGCUCACACACAGACACCGCAAAGGAAUCCUGAAGAAUCGUCUGGGCUGCCCUCCUGCCCUGCAGGGCCUGUCUGCCGUGGGUCGCGCUCCCAGCGAGAUGUCUUGGUACAGAACCUCCACGUUGGGUCACAGAGGCGUCCCAGCUGCCUCCUACGGUCGUAUGUACUCCGGUACUGGCUCGCUGUCCCAACCCGCUUCCCGAUACUCUUCCCGCGAACACUUGGAUUCACUUGCACGACGACAGCGUUCCCGUGAAAACCUCGACCUGUUGCCGCGACGACGCGAACUUGGUGCUGAACACCUGGGUGGGUCCAGAGAGAGGCUGGGCCCUGUCCACAGUUUCCAUGCCUCCAGGGAGGAUCUGGUAGGCAGGGGUGGUAUGGUGGGUUUCAUGGGGGCAGAGGGUUCAUUGAGUGGCUCGAGAACACAGCUCAACACUCUAACGAGGCAACAGGCCUCUCGGGAGCACCUCGGAGGGGCUCUCAUGAGCAGUCGGUCACGAGAGCAGUUGGAGUCUAGCGGUGGAGCGCAGCCCUGCAGGGAGUGGCUGAGAACCCUGCCGCCCCGACAGCUCUCACACCCCGAACCGCACCCACCCUCCUCACCCCCUCCACCGAUCACAGAGGAACCCCAAGAAACCCUGCCCUCGCGCCGUGGUCGCCUAGACUCCGCCCCAUCAUGUAGGUACCCGUCAUCUGCAGCUGCACCCGGAGCCCCAUCCAGUCGUCCACCCUCUAGUGAACACCUGGAUAUCCUCUCCUCCAUACUCGCCUCCUUCAGCUCCUCUGUCUUAACCCCGCCCCCUAACCCUGCCUCAGCUGGCCCUUCCCCUUCCCCGCCUCCUCUCUCUGCAACCUCUCAGAGCGUCUCUGAAGUGUCACCUGACUCUGAAGUUAACAGAAGUGACGGACAAUCUUGAUGAUUCCUUCACAGUCCCAUAAUGCACCUAUGCAGAUGGGCUCAAGAGAAUCACAGGACAUAGCCAGCCGGAGCGAUCAGGACUCCCACUUCACCCUGGAAAGUGUUCAGGGCAUGAGAGUGAAGUUGUUCAUCAAGGGCUUGAGAUAUCACCCUCCUCAGAACAGACAGGAAAUCAAACCAAAGAAGGUGAUGAUUUCCAUGAUUUUCAUUUGUCCAAUCUGCAAACCUCAAAUUUCAGACCAACAGCUGAGAGGACUGGUCAGAGAGAAAGAGAGAGAGAGAAACAAAACUGUACAGAACAUUUUUAUACUUUUGUAUCUUUUUCAUCAAAGAACAAAGAAGAAAAUCUCUAGUGAUGUUUUUGAUGAUUGUGUGGAUAUAUGUUUAAAUGGGUAGGAUCGAAAAAACAUUUUCAAACCCAUUCCGAGCCAAAACAGCCCCAAACAUUCCCACUCCAAUCUUUAUAUUCCAACAUGUGUUUAUGCAAACAAGCCACGCCCACUGAUAAACUGGAAGAGAGUCUACGAAGAAAAAGAUUGGUCCAUGUAAAUGUGGAAGAUAUUGGCCCAAACAUGGGAUUGGUGGGAGACUCCAGAGACAGUGAUUGUAAUCUUUAGAAUUAUGAAUCAGAAGAUAUGAUUGGACCGUAAUGAUUGUCAAUCAAGAGAUUGUUUUCAGAAGGGUGACUUGAUUGGACGAUUUUAGGUUUCUCUAAACACAUUUCUUUAACAAACUCCAACAAACUUGUAUGAGAUGCCUAACCAAUUUCUGAAGUAUUUUUGGCCAAACUGCUCUGCAUUUGUUGAAGUUUGUUGCAGCUGUGUGAAGAGACCUUUAUUUAGUUGUGUUAUUAGCCUGCAAGCAUAUUCAAGACUAUAUUCAUAAAACCUUGUUCAUAUCCAGACUUAUCAUAAUUCAAAUACUGCUUAGUGACUCAAAAUUACUCAAAAAUCCCAAAUCAGCGAUUGAGAAACUGUUUAAUCCAUCUACUGUAUGGUUUCUAACUAAAAUAGCUAAAUAUUGGUCACUGUUAAGUAUUGAAUAUACAGUACUUCAGAGAAAGGAACAUUGUGAUAUGAGUUAAAAACAGUCGGUUAUGGUAAGAUCAUCUAAAAAUAUCAGGCUCCUGUUAAAAAGGGAAAUCAUGCUUCAUCAUAUGACUUUAUUUCUUUAGUCAUAUAGUAUUACCAUGAGUUUUGCCAAAAAGAGUGCCCCGUCAACCCUUUUAUACCUCUUACCUGUCAUAAAGUGCUCCAGUACUUUUUCUAAUCAUGAUUUUAUAUUUUAUUUAUGACUGCAUAACUUUAUCUUGUACAGACAUUAAAUUAAUUUAUUUUAUUUAUUAAUAUUUAUUGAAAUUAAUUUAUCUACCAUAAUCAUCGCCGGAGUGUUUCUAAAGAAGUGUGUGUGGGAGUUAUGUUUUUUAUAAGAGCGAGAUUUCAUCCGUUUCAAAUGUUUUAUGUGUGAAUUUUUUGUAUAUGUUCUGUCUAAUAUGUCCCCCUCCUCUUCUGUUCACAAUGCUUUCUGGGAAAAGAAAUGUCCUCUGUCCAUCAGAGAGAGAGAGAGAGAGAGCAGUGGAAGACAAUGACUGGGUGGAAGAGAGAAAAGGGGAAUGUAUAAUGGCUCAACAUGUUUAUUACAGGACAUGUUGUAUUGCUUUUACUGAUGGGGGGUUAUCAGAAAAAAAAAAUCUGCUACCAAUGGGAGUUGAAAACGAGACCCGAUGGGCGUCAAUAAAAGAGUUAACACUA